UUGACUCCAGUAUCACUUGGAUUAAUCAAAAUUAUUUGGAGUUGAAGACAGCAAUUCCUUACUGGCCACUUCAGUUGAGAUUGUGGACUGCGGCCAACCACAAGUUUACUUUUUUUCCCUUUUCAUUAUCCAAUAUUCACUUUCAUGAUGCACAAGACACAUUCAAUACCCUUGAUUACAAAUAA